ACCCCAGCUAAACCCUCGCUCUUUCUUCUCUUCUAUGGAGCCUGAGAACAAGAAGAGAGAUCAUGGCGUGCCGGCGAUGCCUCGCUUCCCUCACACGCCAUUUCCGAUCUCGGUUCCUCUCGAACGCCGCCUUGGAGAACCCCCAAACCCUAAUCUUUCGAGCUCUAGGUCCCCGGACCCUCCGAGGUCCUCUCUUGAACUCCUUCGAUUCUCCCGCCGGAUUCGGAGGCAUCGAUUCCCUUCAAUUCAAUAUCACGCGCCACUUGUCUUCUCGGCCGACGAAUCCGUCCGAUGAGGAGGAGGAAGACGAGGAAGAAGGGGGUGAGAGCUGCGAGGAAGAGGGUGGCGAGGCUCAGGCUUCGAGAUGCGUGGUUCAGCGAGGUAAAUCGGAGGAAGAGAAGAUAAAAGAAGCGUCUGAGAUCGGGUACAAGGUGACUGGGCCGUUGGAUCCGUCGGAAAACCCAUUCAAACCAUAUGAACCGGUUUUUGCUGUUGUUCAGAUUGGUUCUCAUCAGUUCAAAGUCAGCAAUGGGGAUUCCAUUUUCACUGAAAGAUUGAAAUUUUGCGAGGUUAAUGACAAGGUGUUUGGCAUGUGGAUUAGUUACCUAGCACUGAUGGAUAUGCGUAAGUUGUUCAUUUUGACUAUUAGGGAACUCUUAUUUGAUGUUGGGUUGUUCAUAUUGGGGACUUUGGGAAGAACUUUGCAACUUAAUUUCUUUGGUGGUAUGGCAGUGCAAACUGCAAACCUAAAAUUGGAGCAUCAUGACUAAUAGCCUUUCAUUCAUAGUGUGACCAAGGAAGCUAAAUUUUUCAUUUUGGCAUGGGAUCAGAAGUGGAGCAAUAACGACUCUCUUUUAUGAGCCUUUACUCUUUAAGUGUCCUUGCUGUAUGUGGGAGGUUGUGAGUUCAAGUCUCUUGGAGGGUGCAAGAAUGGAGGUGGCUGGCAUGGUAUGCAUGAAGGUUGUGGAGCUGAUGGAAGCACAGAUUUGUGGAGUGCUUGUGGUGUUGUGCUUGUUGGCCUGUUGAAAUCUUGAGGGAUGGCCACUCCAUGUUGAACUGCAUGAAAGAAGAUUCUUUGAGGAUAUGGACCUUAUGUCAUUUAGUGAGUGAUCAUGGGUUCUUUAAUUCUCUAUUCUACUUCCAGGCUGAUUGGGUGCACUAUUUACAACAAAGUGGAGCCUAAUUUCAUGCGAUCUCCUGGGACUUAUUGUUCAUUUCUUUCUUUUUGAUAUUGACAUUGUUCUUUUUAUUUGUCUCCUAAAGCUUCUCUUUCAUGGUUUCUGAUGCAUUGAACUCUUCUCUUUCAUGGUUUCUGAUGCACCGAACUCUUUCUUGACUAUCUAGUUGUCAGAAUGCAUACAUCUUAGGCCAAUCAUGGGGCUUUAUUUUGCCAAUCUGAUGUCAGAACCAUGAUUUUAUUAUUGCCUAUUGAG